AUUAUCUAAAUUAGUAUCAAAGCCAAAAGGUGCAAUUCCAAAAUUUGGUCUUCCAAAAUGGAAAUUAAUGCCUCUGGACUCAAAAUUACCCUCAGUACCUGGACCAAAAGACGCUUAUUACUUCACUUGUAAAAAAUUGGGCCAGCAAUUGUACUCUGGGUCGAAAAAUGUCGAUUUUAACCUAAAUGAUCCCUAUAAUUAUGGAAUAAAUUAUUAUCUGUACAAUUCACUGCAUGACAAAUAUCUGGCUGAUUAUUUUAAUAAAGAAAAUAAUUUCAAGUGUUUAAUUGAGCGUGGGUUUGUCAAAAAUAAUCUCGAUGUUGUCUGUACGGCUAAAGAGUACAAUAUGUACCGCAAGUACUUGAAAUAUUUGCACAGCGAUGCUAUUAAAAAGGAAAUGGACCGUCGAGAUGAGAUCAGGAAGGAUCAGCUGGUGCUUGAUAGAGCUGAGGUUCAAGCUAAAAAAGACAUUGAAAGAGUGAAAAAUUUGGAGAAGAAAAGCUUGAUCAGGGAAGAAAUAUCAAGAGAAAUCAAGCGAAAGGAGAAGGAGAGGAUUCGAAAGCUGAAGCUCCGAGCUCUGAAGCGAGAGAAGAAAAUCAGGGAAAUUGAAGAGAGAAAAAAGCAGCGUUUAAAGGAAAUUGUGGCAAACUCAAGGAUCAAGUCUGAGCGAGUACGGCAAAAGCGCUUGAUGCUGGUUCAGAAGUCUAGGAAGAAGUUGGUUAACAUCCUGUGGAAGCGAAUUAAAAAAGAUUGUCGGAGGAAGAAACUGAGACGUGAACGAGAAGCGAGAGAAGAGGAGUUUAAACAGAAAAUUACUCUAGACAAAUGGCAGAGGAGGUAUCAGUUUCAGCGAGAGCAGAUCAAGAGGGAAAAACAGGCCUUGCAAUUGGAGAAACAGCGACGUGAUGAGUCCAUAAAAAAUUACAAUGAAAAAAUUGAGAAGGAGGGAGAAGAAAUAAAAAGUUUGGUUUUUUUUUUUUAAAUUAGAAAUUAAAAUUAAUUAAUGUUAAUUAUUUUUACUUGCAGAUAAGAGUAAAAAAUUUAAACGGCCAGCUGGUGUAAAAAAUAAACCUUGCACAAGUAAGAAAAAAUCUUCGAGUAUUAAAUGCACUAAUAAAAAUUGUUUGAAGACCGAUAAAUGCAAGUGCAGGAAUAAUUGAUACUAAA